AUGUCCACUUCCACCCCCGAUGCCACCGCCCAAGUCGCCGGACACGCCGCCGCCCAUCCCUCCCCCUCCGCCGAACUCGCCGGUCUUAAAGUAAGGCUGCGCGCUGCCCUGCGCCAGUUCCCGGACUUCCCCUCGCCGGGCAUUCUGUUCGAGGAUAUCCUGCCCAUCUUCGCCGACCCAACGCUGCAUGAGGCCCUCCUCCGCUCCCUCGAGCUGCACAUCCUCGCCUCCUACAAUGGCCAGAAGCCCGAUGUCGUUGUCGGCCUCGAGGCCCGCGGCUUUCUGAUGGGCCCCAGUCUGGCGCUGCGUCUCGGUGCGAGCUUUGUUCCUGUGCGCAAGCAGGGAAAGCUGCCCGGUCCUUGCGAGACGCAGGCCUACGAGAAGGAGUAUGGCCAGGAUUUCUUCCAGAUGCAGGCCGAUUCGAUCAAGCCCGGCCAGAAGGUCAUUGUCGUUGACGAUAUUAUUGCCACUGGUGGUUCCGCCUGUGCCGCCGGCGAACUGAUCAAGAAGAUGGGCGGCGACCUGCUCGGCUUCAUUUUCAUUCUCGAGUUGGAAUUCCUCAAGGGACGCGACAAGCUGCCGGCACCGGUGUGCACGCUUCUCACGGGCCAAGCCUAG